UAAAUCAGAAAAGUUGGUUAGUUUUAUGCCUGGAUUUGGGGGAACUCUUUUUGUUAUCAUUACUAUUAUUCAGUUCACUACAGCACCACACGACAGCAGCAAAUAAUGCCUCUUAUGCACACUCUUAUAAUGAACAAUACUGAGGUUGAUGCUUCUUUCCAGAUUUGGCUCUUUGAGAUGGGGGAAAGAUGGAGACUCACACUGCAAAAGAAACCUGGCUGUAUAGUAUGGGUAGUUUGUAGCACUAAAGGAUCAUUUGGAUUUCCAAAUUGCACACCAACAUGCCACCAUGAUGCUUAAUCUAUUCUAUAUCAAAGAAGUUUUCAUGGACAUAUGAGCAAAAAUCAAGAAGUUACUUUGAAUAUGUGAAAUCAUACAACAGAAGCAAAGUGUCUGUUCUAUGGACAUUGGAAUAAAGAAGAUGCCAUUUACUUGUGUCUGCCGUAUAUCUGUAAUCAGUUCCAGCUGUGACUUGCAGACUCCUCAUCUUUGAUAUUACCUAACUGUGGAUUUGUAUCCUAUUCCUGAGAGACUGAAAGGCUUGCAUGAUGGAAAUUAAGUUUGCACAAGAACGACUGUGUGUUUUAAAUCAAUACUGAUGAUACUUUCUACAUCCUGUUAUACCCUGGUGUGGUGGUCUUGAAUUUUUGCUCAAAAACAACAUAAAAUGGAUCUAAAGGAAAGCUGUCCAAGUGUUAGCAUCCCCAGCUCUGAUGAACACAGAGUGAAGAAAAAAAGAUUUACUGUCUACAAAGUCUUGGUGUCAGUUGGCACUAAUGAAUGGUUUGUCUUCAGGCGAUAUGCUGAGUUUGACAAGCUGUAUAAUACGCUAAGGAAACAAUUUCCUACAAUGAAUUUGAGAAUUCCUGCUAAGAGAAUAUUUGGAGAUAAUUUUGAUCCUGAUUUCAUUAAACAAAGAAGAGCAGGAUUGAAUGAAUUCAUUCAGAAUUUAGUACGACAGCCAGAGCUUUGCAAUCAUCCAGAUGUAAGAUCAUUUCUUCAGAUGGACAAUCCAAAGCACCAAUAUGAUCCAUCUGAAGAUGAGGAUGAAAGAAACAGUCAAAAGCUAAGUUCUACCUCACAGAGCAUCAACUUGGGGCCAUCUGGAAAUCCUCAUGCAAAACCUACAGACUUCGACUUCCUGAAAGUUAUUGGGAAGGGCAGCUUUGGCAAGGUUCUUCUUGCAAAACGAAAACGGGAUGGGAAGUUCUAUGCUGUCAAAGUGCUGCAGAAGAAAAUUGUCCUAAACAGGAAAGAGCAAAAACAUAUCAUGGCUGAACGUAAUGUGCUCUUGAAAAAUGUGAAACAUCCAUUUUUAGUUGGACUACAUUAUUCAUUCCAAACAACAGAGAAGCUGUACUUUGUUCUGGAUUUUGUUAAUGGAGGAGAGCUCUUCUUUCACUUGCAAAAAGAACGUACCUUUCCUGAACACAGAGCCAAGUUUUAUGCUGCUGAAAUAGCCAGUGCGCUGGGCUACUUGCACUCCGUAAAAAUUGUAUACAGGGAUCUGAAGCCAGAAAAUAUUCUUCUAGAUUCAUUGGGGCAUGUUGUCUUAACAGAUUUUGGACUUUGUAAAGAAGGAAUUGCUACUUCAGACACCACUGCAACAUUUUGUGGAACACCAGAGUACCUGGCUCCAGAGGUGAUCCGAAAGCAACCCUAUGAUAACACUGUAGACUGGUGGUGCCUUGGAGCUGUUUUAUAUGAAAUGCUAUAUGGUCUGCCUCCUUUUUACUGCCGUGACAUUGCUGAGAUGUAUGAAAACAUUCUUCACAAACCCCUCCAUUUAAGGCCAGGUGUCAGUCUUACAGCUUGGUCUAUUCUGGAAGAACUUUUGGAGAAAGAGAGGCAGAACAGACUUGGAGCUAAAGACGACUUUCUUGAAAUUCAAAGGCAUCCCUUCUUUGAAUCUCUCAGUUGGAAUGACCUCUUACAAAAAAAGAUCCCACCACCAUUUAAUCCUAAUGUGUUUGGUCCAGAUGACAUCAGGAACUUUGAUGCAACGUUUACAGAAGAGAUGGUACCCUGCUCAGUUUGCGUUUCUUCUGAUUAUAAUAUUGUAAAUGCUAGUGUACUGGAAGCAGAUGAUGCAUUCAUUGGAUUUUCUUAUGCACCACCUUCUGAAGACUUAUUUCAUUAAGAUGAAGAUUGGAACGUUGUAUAUUAUCUCUAGGAAGAGUGAAAUUAUUUGAUUAUAAACAGUUUCUAAAAUAUAUGCAACAAGUGCCUCAUUUGAUCUGCUGAAGAACAACUUUCUCUGCUGUAAUAUGAGGAUUCUGGGCAUUUUGGAUUACAUUUUUAGACUGUUACACAUGCUGCACAAAGAUAUUUUUAAAAAUACAUUUAGGUAAGAGUUCCUAAUCUUGAACCUUUUUAAACAUGGAUGGCUAUUUUUCCUUCAGUUUACAUUAACAUAUCUAGAUCAGUUGUCUUUAUUAUCAGCACAUCUAUUUAAUGGACUUUGUAAUUAUAAUGAACUUCCAUGCUUGAAUUACUACUAUACAAUUAUUUUUGUAUACUGCUGUUUAAAAAGAUGAGCUUAUCCAUAGUUUGUUUGCUUAAUUGGCAAUAGUCACACUACUUUAUUAGCUAUAAGAAAUAAAAAUAUAUACAGUAUCACUCAGUUUAAUGUAAACCUGUGCCACUGUAGUCAUGAUGGGCAUAUAAAUGAAGUCAUUUACACUUCACUUAAGUAUUUAAUUCAUUCCAGUUAUCAAACAUAGGAAUGUGUUUGCUAAGUUAAGCAAUGAUGGAGCAAAUUAGCAUUUAAUAUUUGUUGAUGACAAUACACUUCACAAUGACUAUUUGUCCUCUUCUUGUAGAAGAAGCUAAGUGUCUUUCCCCCCAAGAAAUGAAAAAAAUUAAACAUUACUGCUAUUUGUAGAAGGGAAACUCUUUCCUUCUAUGUUGAAAGCUAAUAUAUUACAGUUUGAUUGUAUUAAAAAUCUUAUUUCCUUGUGAUCUGUAUUUUAAUUUCAGUUUUUUCUUACUUGCUAAACAUUUGUACAAUUUGCUCUCAAAUAACUUACUAGAGUAUAAUCUUUUUAUUUUUGGACAUGCUGGGGACACUUAUCUCCAGUAUAGUCGAUGAUUUUGAGGGUGUGGGAAUGAGUUUCAAAAUAGUCCCUUUGUGAAAUUUGAAUAGGGAAAUAUUUUUUCUUGGCUUUAGCAGCCUCUGGUUGAAUAGAAAUCAAACCUUUACUUUAUAAAAUAUUUUCACUUUAUAAUAUAAACAAGUUAUUUCUUCUUUGGUCUAGUCUUCCAAUUCAAAGUAAAAGGAUGAAGGUAUUUGAGACAAUCAACAUAAAUUGUAAUGUUGCUGUUAUUGUUUAUUUAAUUUUUCUACUAAUAAAUGGAAUUCAUAUUGACUAACAAAA